UUCAAAUACUUGAAAGGCUGCCAUAAAAACGAUGGAGAAAAGUUGCUCUCUCUUGCCACGGAGGGCAGGACAAGAGGCAGCGGGUUCAGACUACAGCAGAGCAGAUUUAGAUGAAAAACUUCCUAACGAUCUACAUGGCAAAGUGUUCGUGUUCCCUAAGGCAUCUGGAACUGCCCACGUCAUCCUGAAGCCGAGGCUGGAGCAGCCGCUGCGGAACGUCACUGUGUGUCUGAGAUUCGGGUGCGACCUGACUUGGGCCUACAGCCUCUUCUCCUACGCCACCAAGGCCAAGGACAAUGACUUCCUCCUCUUCAAACCCAAGCCCGGGGAGCUCAGUCUGUACGUCGGAGGCGAACUGGUCACCUUCAAAGUCCCAGAAAGAACAGGAACAAGCGCUGGGUGGGUGCACAUCUGUGCUUGCUGGGAGUCCGCCACCGGCAUAGCCGAGCUCUGGGUGAACGGGAGUCCCUUACCCAGGAAGGGGCUAAAGAAAGGCUACUCUGUUGGCGCCCAGGGUGUGCUCGUCCUGGGGCAGGAGCAGGACACCCCUGGGGGUGGGUUUGACGUAAAUCAGUCGUUUGUCGGGGAAAUCACAGAUGUGUACAUGUGGGACACUCUGCUUUCCCCGGAUGAAGUUAGCCUUGUCAUGAACAAUGGGGUCCUGCCUCACCUCAUCCUUGACUGGACAACCCUGAGCUACGAGACCAAAGAUUAUGUUGUCAUUAAACCCAGCCUGCUCCCAGUGUACUGAGGGCCCA